AUGACAACAACUGCUCCAUUUUCAUCAAAUGAAACUGAACUAUCAUCAUCAAAUGUUUCAUUUAUUCAAUCACAAAAAGGAAAACCAAUGCUGACAAAUACGAAUGACAAAUUGAUUAAAAUGGUUGGUGAACAUUGUCAUCUUGAAGAAUCUGAAAAAAUUGAUAUACGUGUAUUUCGAGAAAAAGUCAAACAACGAGUGAUAGAUGAAACAACACCAGUUCCACGUAUUUAUGAUGAAGAAUGUGCUAAGACACCAUUAUCAACUGCAGCAAUAGCAGUAUUACCAAGUGAACGUGAAAUAACUCGUCGUGCUGUAACAUCAACAAUUCCAACAACACAACUAUUUAAUAUACCUGAUCCAUUUUCAAAAACAUUAAGAGAUGAUAAUUUUAUAGUUCUAGACAAAAUGAUUACACGACGACAACGAAUUAUUCUAUUUGGAACAGUUGAACAACUGAAAAUGCUUUUUUCGUCUGAUCUUGUACUUAUGGAUGGAACAUUUUCAAGCUGUCCAGUAAUGUUUGAGCAACUUUACACUUUACAUUCGAUAAAAUUUGAACAAUGUAAUUUAUCAAUUUUUUUCUCAUUCACGUAUACCUAUCCAAUUCUUGAUUUAGCAUCCCCGGCAUUUUUGGUUUGUUGCCAUCUAAACACAAGUGUCUAUCAAUUUUUAUUUCAAGAAUUAAAAUCGAUUGCUAUACAAAUGAAUUUGAAUUUUGCACCUUCAACUAUAAUGACCGAUUUCGAACACGCUUUACCUGGUGUUGUUAAAACUGAAUUUGGUACAUCAACGCAUCUAUCAUGUUAUUUUCAUUUUUCGCAGGCGAUUUAUCGUGCUAUACAAAGAUUUGGAUUUGCUUCAUCUUAUAAUAAUCAUGUUGAUGUUAAACACUUUUGUAGAAAAUUAAUAGCUCUUUCAUUGUUACCAGAACCGAUCAUUGAAGAUACAUAUGAUGAAUUAGUAAAAAGUUUAUCGCUACCAAUGAAGAAACAAAUGAAUCAAUUAUUAGAAUAUUUUCAAGAACAAUGGUUUAACAAAGUUCCGAUUACUCAAUGGUGUGUUCACGGCUUGUCUAUGCGAACUAACAGCAAUGCAGAAGCAUUUCAUAGUCGUUUCAAUCGUCGUGUACAAAUUCAUCAUCCAAAUAUAUGGUCAUUCAUCAAGCUCUUGCAAGGUGAAGAAAGUCGUUUUUAUCAUACGCUUAUACAAUUUAAUGCUGGUUUAGGUGCAAGAACAAAACAAGCAAAAACAAUUGCUAUUCAACGUCGUAUAGAUAAUCUUGAUAAACGGUAUUAUGAUAGUCGAGUUGAUGUAAUGGAAUAUUUAAAUAAAUUAUCAUUUACAGUAGCUAAACGAAAAAAAUAA